UUCUUCAGCUCGCUCACUAGUUUGCAAGUAAUUGUGCAAUUGAACUAGAGCUAUCACGCAACGACCUAUCUUUCAUCCCUUUUGUGUUCGACGACAAGCAAUGGCCCCCCCUACCUGCACCUGCGGCGAGGCCUGCACCUGCACCGCGGAGAACUCCCCCUGCGGGUGCAAGACCGCUGCUGCCGCUACCUGUAGCUGCGGCGAGGGCUGCACGUGCACCGCGGAAAACUCCCCCUGCGGCUGCAAGUCCGCUGCUGCUCCCGCUGCCGGCGCCACCUGCAGCUGCGGCGCUGGUUGCACGUGCACUGCGGAGAACUCCGCUUGCGGGUGCAAGACAGCGGCUGCCAGUGGCUGCGGCUGCGCGAGCGGCGGCGAGUGCAAGUGCGGCAGCAGCUGCACGUGCUCCAAGUGCUAAAGCGUUUCCUCUCCUCAGAGGCAGUAGCAAGCGGUUUUUUGGCCAACGUCGCUGAUUACUCUCUGAUUCCUCGAGCAUGUGUUCGGCAGCUCCAUAGUUCUAGCCAGUUGACAGCAACUAGUACAUUCGUGGUGGAUGCAUUGAAGUUUCUGCGUAGCGUGUUUCAAUGUACAAAGUGUCGUUAACUCUUAUGUAUUCCUGGUCCCUUGUCAACUAAACCACAAUGACACAA